AUGUCAUCAUCGGUUGAGCAAAGCAAAAACAGGCUAGAAUUGGCGCCAGAGCUGAAGCUGGCGGUGUUUGGCACGGAUUCGGACAAGGUGAUCAGCAAAGUGUCUUCAUACAAAGACGUAAAGCAGUCAGAUGAAGAUUUUAAGGAUGUGGUGGAUUCGCCGGAGUUUGAGGGACUGAGCCACUGGAAGGACUUGGGAAACUUUCUGGAAACACUGCGGCAGAAGCCACGUGACCCACAGAACCCUCUCAACUCGAGGGAUCCGCUCGAGAAGCCCGUUUCGUAUCGGAUAUGCAACAUUUGCGACAAUCCGAUCUUGGAGUCUUCUAUGGCGGACCACAUUGUUCAGUGCCAGGAGCGGAGCAGGAGGCGGGAGGAGGAGCAGAAGAAGGUGGGAGGUGUGGAUGGUGGCGAGGCGAGAAACGACGAUGUGAUUGUAUUGGAUGGGAUAUAUGAGGGGAAGGAGGAUAAGAGUGAAAAGAGUGAAGGCAAGAAACAAGAAAAUACACACGAGGGGCCAAGGAAGAACGGCCGCCGGACCGGGCGGAGGGCAGGCCCCGGUAAGUCGUCCUCACCCACGCCGUUGUCUGCAUCGGGUACACCGGGGGCCACCGGGGAGACGGGCAAACGGAGAGGGGCCCACCACACGCACCCGCGAAAGGCGAAAAAACCAAGAAAAACCCGGCGGAGCAAAAAUUCGCGGAGCAAGGGCCCGGUGGACGUGGAGACGCAGUGCGGGGUGCCCCUCCCCAAUGGGGGAUUUUGUGCCCGGUCGUUGACGUGCAAAACGCACUCUAUGGGGGCUAAGCGUGCGGUGCCGGGCCGGUCGAGGCCGUACGACGAACUUUUGGCGGCGUACCAGCGGAAAAACCAGGCGAAAAUGGGGGCGGCAGCAGCAGCAGCCCAGCAGGCGAAGGAUGAUAUGAUCCACGGGGGCAGCGUGCCGUUGGAUGACGAGGAGGAGACCCGGGAGGUUCUGCAGGGCGUUUCGCGAUCCGCGGCCUGGCCCCUGGAGAGAAAAGUUUUGAUGCCGGCCAGAAUGCGGACGGGAUUUUUGAGGAUGCGCGAGAUGUUCGCGACAGCCCUCGGAGGGCACGGGGCAGCCCCCGGGGUGAUCCAGGGCCGGGCGGCAAUUUUGGACGUGGACCGCCCGGCGGACUACGUGCACCCGGUGCGUGUGCAGAGGCAGCGACCCCAGAAGCCCGCGGGGGAGCUGCAGCAGAGGCGGAAGUUGCAGCAGGAGGUGCUGCAAAGGCAGUUGUCGAAGCAGCAAUCGAAGCAAUUGUCGAAGCAAUUGUCUCAACAACUGUCUCAGCAAUUAUCUAAACAGCAAUUGUCUCAACAACUAUCCAAGCAGCAACUGUCUCAACAUCUGUCUCAACAACUAUCUCAACAACUAUCCCACCCCGGUCAAUCCAGCAACCUCCUCGGGACACCCGGUGCGUCUUCCCCAGUAACUGCCAACGCCCUACCGGGGGUCUCCAGGAGCCCAGGCCCGGUGAAUUCCGUCGCUAAUGGGGUCUCCCAAACACAAAGCCCGGCUUCGUUGAUUGCAAACAUGGCCCAUGCGGGGGCUGCUGGCUUUAACCGGCAUCCUAUGUCUGUCCAGGGCUCCAUUCGGCCUCAGAGCUCGCUGAACAGCCAGGGGCAACAGCAGCAACAACAACAACAACAACAACAACAACAACAACAACAACAACAAUUAUCUCAACUGCCUCAACAACUCUCCCAGCAGCAGCAACUCAUCCUCAGAAGAAAACAAUUAAAGCACCAGAAACUCAUCGCUAUCGCCAGAGCCAACGGAAUGACCGAGCAGGAGCUCAUCGCCAAGUUGCAGAGGCAGCAGCAGCAACGGGCAAGGCUGCUUCAGGCAAAGCUGCAGAGCAUGACCCCGCAGCAGAGGCAGCAGUUCAUUGUUCAGCAGCAGCAAAGAAGACAGCAGAUGAUGCAGAGAAGGCAGGCGCAGCAGGUGCAGCAGUUUGCAGCCAAGAACAAUGCCAUCCAGGCUGCAGCAAACGGCCUGUUGAUGGACUUGCAGCCGCUCAGCCAGCAAAGCAGCUCUGCAGCAUCGGUCGGCAGCAUUCCCGGCUUGGCAAUGCAGUCCCCGGUCGCCAACAAUGGUCAAAACUCCAACGUUCAGUCGCCUGCGUCAUCCCUGAUGCAGCAAUCCCCCAUCAACUCGCCUCUGAAUUCUCCCAUGAAUGCCAACAUCUCCAUGCAGCAGCAGCAACAACUUCAACAUCAGCAAUCGGCCUCUCCGCAAGGUCCAAUGGCAGGCCAGUUCUCUGCCAGCCAGUUGUUUGAGAAUAUGGGCUUCUGA